CGCAUACACACUUUGAGGUGCACGAACAUUUAUCUACUGUAGUCUUUUUGAGCUGAACGCAAGGCUACAAAAGGAUCGUACUACCUUGCGACCGCAUCAUUUCUCAAACAGCUACCGUGCGGUAAACACUUGACACACUCGCUAAACUACCGAGCGACUGCCUGGCGUCUGUCGGUGUACACGUAAAAGCACAAAAACAAAACAUCUCAUACAAAUUAACACAAAACUCGUUCUCUGCUCACACAAUCACAAGCGGGCGAAUAUCGCGUAUUCUCGCAGACUAUAACUUGACUUUCGCGAAUACACGAACACUUGUACUCGCGGUAUUAAAGAACAACAACUGGAACAUGGCUGUGGACGGACAACGUUUCAUGACCAAAACGCAACAUUAUCGUAAGGUCACAAAACCACUGCUGGAGCGUAAGCGACGCGCACGCAUGAAUCUCUACUUGGACGAACUGAAAGAUCUCAUUGUGGAUACCAUGGAAGCGCAAGGGGAACAUAUUGCCAAAUUGGAGAAGGCUGACAUACUGGAGCUGACGGUCAACUACUUGCGCACACACAAACACGAAAUUGCCGCCAGCGUUGCACAGCAUCAAGCAGCAGUUAGCGGUUCAGCAGGACGCGGCAUUAAUGUAGAGAAAUUUCGCGCCGGUUACACGCAAGCUGCAUAUGAAGUGUCGCGCGUGUUCGCCACAGUGCCUGGACUGGAUGUGAAAUUCGGUACGAAUCUUAUGAAACAUUUGGGUUAUCAGCUGAAGGAUUUGCAACCACCACCACCACCCCCGCCUUCCGAGUCUCCGACCAGUGAUGAAGCACUUAAUUUGGAGGUGGUUAAGCGUGCUGCAGCAUCACCGACGGCGGAAUUUUCGGAUACUAAGCAUAUGAGGCGCGACUUGCAACAACAACAACAAAUGGUUGGAAAUAUGCAACAGAUGAAGGGCGCGGACGCAGAGGUUGGCGGUGAGUGUUUGUGGCGUCCGUGGUAGCUGCGUGGUGCGCUUCUUACAACUCGCAGCAGGUCGAUGUUCUUGCGAGCUUUCGAUGUUUUUUUUCACUUAUUAGCAGCCAGUGGCUUUAUUAGUUUUAAGUGUUUGUAGUGAUUUAAGGAUCGUAAAAUAAUUUCGAAUAUUAUCAUGUCAGCUUUAUUGUUGUAAGUACAAAUUGUCAUUAAGCAUAUGUAGUUGAUAACUUAUACAUACUUAUAUAUUUUUUUGUUGUAUUAAUGUGAUUAGCCUGUGAUAGCCGCCAACUCCACUCAGUUAGCGAUUGGUCUGUUCGUAAACCGAUCUCCACACCUCCCCGAGUACUUCCAAGUGUAUUUAGCUUUAGUGAUUUGUAAGUUAUUAAACUCAGCUUAAAAUUAGUGUUAGUUAUAAGUCAUUUCUAAUUAAGUUGCUUCCAGUUAAUUCAUAAUUUAAUUUAUAUUAUUUUUAAUGUAAUCAAGUUUUAAAUAUAAGUAUGAAUUUUUCUCAUACAAAUAGUACAAAAAGAGC